AUGUUUAGAAGAUGCAUACCUGAGGAAGAGGUAGAAGGAAUAUUGUUUGCUUGUCAUAGUUCUAGCUAUGCAGGGCACUUUGCCACUUACAAGACAGUAUCCAAGGUCCUACAAGCUGGAUUUUGGUGGCCAACAAUGUUUAAGGAUGCUCAUGCAUUCAUAUCAAGAUGUGAUGCUUGCCAAAGAAUGGGAAAUAUAAGCAAGAGGAAUGAGAUGCCACAGAACUUUAUACUAGAAGUUGAAGUUUUUGAUGUUUGGGGCAUUGACUUUAUGGGACCCUUCCCAACCUCUUUUGGUGACCAAUACAUUCUAGUGGCAGUUGAUUAUGUCUCCAAAUGGGUGGAAGCCAUUGCCAGCCCUACUAAUGACGCACAAGUGGUCAUCAAGAUGUUUAAAUCCAUCAUUUUUCCAAGGUUUGGAGUGCCUAGGAUAGUCAUAAGUGAUGGAGGUUCACAUUUCAUAAACAGAAUCUUUGCCAACCUUUUGAAGAAGCAUGGAGUCACUCACAAAGUUGCCUCUCCUUACCACCCCCAAACUAGUGGACAAGUUGAGAUCUCAAACAGAGAACUCAAGAGCAUACUUCAGAAGACAACAGGCAAGACAAGAAAGGAUUGGAGUGCCAAACUAGAUGAUGCUCUAUGGGCAUACCGCACUGCCUUCAAAACACCACUUGCUUGGGCUAUUAAGGAGUUGAACUUCAACCUAAAGACAGCAGGAGAAAGAAGAUUGAUUCAGCUGAAUGAGCUUGAUGAGAUUAGGCAUCUGGCUUAUGAGAAUUCAAAGAUCUAUAAGGAGAGAACCAAAGCUUUCCAUGACCGCAAGAUCAUCCCAAAGAACUUUGCGCCAAACGACCAAGUUCUACUAUUCAACUCAAGGUUGAAACUCUUUCCAGGAAAGCUUCGCUCAAGAUGGUCAGGACCAUUCAGGAUUAAAGAAGUUCGCCCCUAUGGAGCAGUGGUACUAUGGGACCCAAUGGGAGGAGACUUUACAGUCAAUGGACAGAGGUUGAAACCUUACCUAGCUUCCACCACCAUACCACAGGAGACCACACUGGCUCUUGGCGAUCCACCAGAUCCUUAA